AAAAACAGGCCGCUCGGAAAGCCGCCACACAAACGAGCAGACCUUCAAGUCACACCCAGAUACGCGCAUCGGAUUUGGUUGUAUUUGUGUUUUGUGGCCCGUUGACAUAUUUUCGAGGUUGUUUUUCUUUCCAGCCCGGUCACCAACAGCCGCUGCAGCUGCCGACUUCAUAUGACCUCAUUUGGCAAGGUUGCUAAGCCCGACGGCCCGCCCGCCCGGCCGGCCAGCCGUGUUGCCCUGGCAACGUGCACAACAGCUCCCCUUACCGCUUUCCGGUUUGGGUGUGACAUAGCCAACCGUCGCCAUCUUUUACAAGCCUCGAUUCGUCGUCAAUUCGCCCAUUCCUGUUCAAAUGAUAGACACGUCGAGUAAAAAACGCCCCGUUUGAGAGUGGGAACGUGGAGAAUUUCCCCUCCCCCAUCGUCCCUGACGUGCUCGAGGACCUCACCCACCCAGUCUGAAGAACAAGACGCAGCGCUGCGUCGUGUGUGUGUGUGUGCGCGCGCGCGCGUGCGCGUUGAGAAGCCAUUUUGAGAGCGAGCAGAGCUGAGAAACUGCUCGUCACUUUUAAACCUACAAGCCACCCAAAUGACUAUUGGACAAAGGGAAAGCAGUGAAAAGUCCCAAGAUUUCUCCCCAUUAAGAUUCGUUUGCGUUUCACAGGCUUGGAUGACAUAUUUUGAAUACCAGCUGAGACGUUUGCCCAUCCCUUACUAAUGACAUUGUCGGAGGAUCCGAAGAUGGAGCUGAAAUUGUUCCUCCUGCUUUUGUGUCAUGUAGGCCUGCUCACUCCAUUUGAGGUAAAUAUCUUCAAGCGUGCUCCCUUCUUCUCUGUCCAGGGACGCUGUCGACCUGGAAAUUAAAUGUGCCCUUGAAGCAAGGUCAUUUGCGUGUUUUAAAUGGCAAAUGGGAGCAAGCACAAACCAAUCCUGCCCAGAGCAAAUCUCACCUGAUUCUGUUGUGGGAGAAAAUGUUCAGAGCCAUUCAUCAAGGCAGUUGUGUUCUGAAUUAAAUGGGGAGGGAAAGCGUAACCAAGGCCACCGACGACCAACACUAGUAUUCACCUCGAGGCUAGCAUAUUGAAUAAUGUUGCUACCAAAAAAAACUUGGUUUUAGGACAAGAAUCGUUUAAUGAGCAAUACCUUGCAUGCCUUAUUCACAUUACAAACAUAGUAGAUGAUCAGAAAACUGGACUUACUCAUUGCCACUCAUACAAGGCCUCAACUACACAUUCAGAUACUUAAACUGUGUUUUCCUGCUCCUCCUCCUCUCAAAGUCAUUAAGCAGUUUAUUUACAUGUAUUUUAAGAAGAGAAAACUAUUUGGGAGUGCCACGUGGCCUGGCUUAAGCCAAAGAUGGAUGAUUCCGAGCAGAGGAAAAAAGGCUGAAAAUGUUCACAGGGUAAUUACAUCCAGUACAUUCUCUUCCUUCUUCUCAGUCCCUUUCAAAGGAAGCAAUCUUAGGAUCUUAUCAUAGUCCAUGAGAGGUGAGGAAAUCGAGUGUAAGAUCCCUUUUUGGAACAAAGGAAACCCAUGUAGGCCAUUAAGUCCCUGUGUUUUUCAGGAAAAUGGCUGCUGAGAGAGAGCUUUCAGGCCCUCUCUCUCUCUCUCUCUCUCUGCUGUGCGUUGAAGGACUUCUUGUGCCUCCCUCUAAUAGCAGACGGCGCCUCGUGGUGCUGCACGCUGAUUGGCUGGCCAGGCUGCCCGCUGUUAACCAGCCAAUUGCCCGAGCACUGGAGAGAAGAAAACAGCAGGCAAUGUCAAAUAACACUAUUUGCCUGCCUUAGACAAAACAAAACUUCAAUCAAUUAGAAAAAAAAGAAGAAAACCCCGUCCAACUAAAUGCAAACACACUCUAUUGCCAGUCGUGCAUCUAGAGGCAUCGGCUGCAGACAGAAAUUCAGAAUAGUCAAGACGGUAGUUUUCUUGUUUGGAAAAAUGACAUUAUUGUCUUUCUGUCAAAUGCUUUUAUUCACAUUUUUAAUCAUUUGGCUGAGUGCUGCAAAACCAGACAAAAAUCAGCAGGCAGUGAAAACCAAAACUCCAAACCAAAACCAACUAACCAAAGACAACAACCAACGCAAACCGUGUCAAAUGAAUAUGCAAAUAUGAUCAGGGAGGCGGCCAAAAGGGAAACGGCAACAUCGAAAGUGCCGCAGAAUUUCUGCGAAUGCUGGCUCUUUAAUAUGGGGCAACAAUCUUUAGUCAUAUGUCUGGGUUGUUUGGUCAAGGGAACAAACAGGAGCCAGUCUCACAAAGAAGAAGAAGAAAAAACAAAACCGAACAAACUCAUGUGGAGAAAAUGUGUCAGGCAGGGUCUGAUCAAAUUGUGAACUUUGGCCAUCAUUCCAAAAGGUCUGUUUUUAUGCAAAUGCCAGGGUGCUCUUCCAAAAAAAAAAAGUCAGGAGAAAGUCAUGAGAACAUCUGAAUUUUAUUUGGAGUUAAACUGUGACAGCUUAAAUGGUGGCAGAUGUUUGUUGACUCCCAUUUGACAUGAGUUUGAAUGUGAUUGGUUAAUUCUGAAAACAAACGCAGCGAUAAGACGUGCGCUUGCGCAACCACAUUAUAUCCCUUAUUACUUGCCCCUCAAAGAUAAAUAAUAACGAAAUAAAUAAGUCUAUUGAGUUUUAAAGUCGCAUUUAGAUAUCUACAUCAAGGGAUACCAGAUGGGUUUUGUUCAUAUUUCAUUGGCGAUUCUGCUACGGUUUGGUAGCCAGUCAAAACAAAACUCUUUGGUAAAGCAAGUCAUAUAUAAUGUUCAAAUGAAACGUAAACACGGCGUCAGCUGACGUUCGCUAUGGGAAAAGACACUCCAGUAUUUCUUUGGGGUGAUGCAGUAACCAGCUCAAAACGGCCUUCUGUAUUUGAAACGUAUUCUCAGAUUUGGACUAUUGCUGUUUUGUAAAAACAAGGAAAUUGCCUGCCGUUCGAUUUGAUUCACAUUUCGGUUGCGAGUCUAACGAGUUCAUAUCGAACGUUUGGCCAAUGCGAGUAGAAGCAGAUUCGUCAAAAGCGUGUAGAGACGGUCAACCUGACCCGGAAAAAUACAGAAACAUAUUCCCGACAAAGUCACACGCGCAUAUACAUAUAUAUGUGUGUGUUUGUAUAUAUUUUUAACGGAGAGUUCUUAGCGUAUCACGUUACACGGCGCCUUUGUCUUUAUUCCACGAGCGGGUUGCAGUUGUCGUGGCGAAAGUGCGCCCGCCGUUUCGACGUGGGGCCAAAGCCUAAGCUAAGCUAAGCUAAGCUAAGCUAAGCGGUGUAUUGUGGGAGAGACAGAAAGAAGCUACCGUACCCUGCUGAAGCUCCUCACAGCAGCAGCAACAGCCGGAGCACAGACUCGAGCAGCAGCAGCAGCAGCCACACAAUAUGUGCGGGCUCUCGCUCAGAAAGGAGCCACUUCCACCCUUCUUCCAGCCAAAUCAUGUAAUGUGAGCGGGGCGAAAAGCGAUUCCCCUUUAUCUCACCGAUUCAACAAGAAAGGAUCCCUCGAUCGGGGCGAAUCAUGUCCAAGCCGGGGGAGAGAAACAAAUUGUGCGAGGACCAUGGCAGAAAGCAGAGUUCAACGUUGGCCAACGGCGGCACGGACGGUCACCCCGGCCCGACGGAGAAGCGGAGUCACAACUGGAGAAGUUUCAAGUUGAUCAUCGACCCGGCGCUCAAGAAGGGAUCGCACAAGCUGUUUCGCUACGAUGGACAUGCUUUCAACAUGCCCAACCCGGGGAUGCCACCGGUGGACAGCGUCCGAGACCCGAGGAUCGGUCGCCUUUGGACCAAAUACAAAGAAACGGACCUACCGGUGCCCAAGUUCAAGAUCGACGAAUAUUACAUCGGCCCCGUGCCCCCGAAGGAGGUGACGUUCGCCCGCUUGAACGACAACAUCCGCGAGGGCUUCCUGACGGACAUGUGCAAGAAGUUUGGCGACAUCGAGCAGGUGGAGAUCCUUUACAACCCCAAAAACAAGAAGCACUUGGGCAUCGCCAAGGUGGUCUUUGAGAGCGUCAAAGCCGCCAAGACGGCCGUGCAGAUGCUGCACAACACCUCCGUGAUGGGAAACAUCAUCCACGUGGAACUGGACCCCAAAGGUGAGAAUCGCCUUCGGUACUUCCAGCUCCUGAUGAAUGGAAGCUACACGCCGCGGACGCUGCCUGUCGGCGUGGAGGAAGCCAGAGAAGUUUCCCCUCGUAGCCUGGCUGAAGCUUUACUGUCAUGCGAACCCAUCCGCCGGUUGUCGGAGAGCAGCUUGUCGGCCGCGGCGGGCCCGGUGCCGCCCGGCGGCAGCAGCAGCACCUCCACCACGCCGCUGUCCCUGGAGACGGGCUACUCCAGCCUUCGGCAGGACACGCCCCAGUCCCAGGGGACGCCGCGCCAAGCGGGCACCCCCUACUCGCAAGACUCCAGCUACUCCAGUCGCCAGUCCACACCCGCGUACCAGUCUGGCCGGGCGGAGAGCUCCGGAGGCUACAAGUCGCGGCGACACGAGAGCAAGUUCCAGGACGCCUACAAUCGCAGACCCGAGAGGCCUCAGUACCGCAGCAACAUGUACCGCGGCGCCACGUCCGAGCAUGCGCCCUCGAAGCAGCAGCAGCAGCACCUCACCCCGCCCGAACCCGCACAUUCGACCCCCUCUUUCUCCUACACGGCACCUCCCCCCACCACGCCCAACUUCAAGUCGGCUUUCUCGCCUUACCAAGCUCCCUUACCUCCCGCUUUCCCGCCGUCGGAAGCGACGUUUCAUCACCCGUCCCAAAGGGAGGGCGAGUACCAGCGACAGCCUCAGCCGCCUCUGGCCGCACCCGCUGAGCUUUUGCCCUCAAAGGACGGACCCGAAACCCCUCCCGUCCCCGAGCCCCCGCCAGAACCGGGACCCCAUCCCAGCACUCCUCCCCCGAGGACGCCCGAGCGCUGCCCGUCGCCGGGCUCGCCCGCCGCCGCCGCCGCCGAGCGCAAUAGCCUGGACUCGCGCAUCGAGAUGCUGCUCAAGGAGAAAAGGACUAAACUGCCUUUCCUGGCCGAGCGAGACUCGGACACUGAGGUGCGAAUGGAGGGCAGUCCCAUUUCCUCCUCGUCCUCGCAGCUCUCCCCCAUCCCGCCGUACACGGGCGGCGGAGCGCCCGACUCCCGGCCCUGUAGCACGGGCUUGGAGGACAUCAGUCCCACGCCGCUGCCGGACUCGGACGAAGACGAUGAGCCCGUCCCCGGAACCGCCUCGCUGGUCAAGAGGAGCGGUUCACCCCUGGAGCGCGACAGCAACGGCCAGGUCAAAGAGGAACAUCCUCGAGCGCCCGCGGCCACCGACAAAAUGGAGACGAGUCAUCAAUCGUCCGGAGAGGACAUGGAGAUUUCCGACGACGAGAUGCCCGGCACGCCGAACGCCGGCGGCGACUGUAGCAAAGGCAUCGUGGUCAACUCGGCCGUGUCCCCCAUCCAGACCCUGGCCUUGCCCCCACCGGGCUUCUCCCACCUGGCCCACCAGGCGGGCUUCGCCAUGGCCCACCACCACCUGGGCACCGUGCCGGGCCAUCCGGCUCACCUGGCCGUGCACCCGCACCUGCUGCCCCACAUGGCGGCCGCCUACGCGCCCGGCAUGAUCCCCAUGGUCCAAAUGGAGCUAAUGAACUGUUUGCGGUGGGAGCAGUGGAGCACGGUGCCCAUGUCCUUCCAGAUGCAGCAGCAGAUGCUGAGCCGUAUGGCGCAGACGCGCGGCCCUUACCCUUACCCGCACUUCCUGGACGGCGCCGCCUCUGGGCCCUUUGCCCCGUCGUACCAACACCUAUCCAUGGGCGCUGGCGCCGCCGCGCACGGCGGGGCGCCGCCGCAUCAGUGGCAGCAUCCCGGCAUGCCCAAGUUCAACCCCACCGUUCCUCCCCCUGGAUACGAGACGAAAAAGGAGGACCCCCACAAGGCCACCGUGGAAGGGGUGCUGCAGGUCAUUGUCAAAGAAUUGAAGGCCAUCAUGAAGAGGGACCUCAAUCGCAAAAUGGUGGAGGUGGUGGCUUUCAGGGCCUUCGAUGAGUGGUGGGAAAAGAAGGAACGCUCGGCAAAAGCGUCCUCGACUCCAAUCAAAGGUGCGGAGGGAAAGGAAGAAGAGCGACCUAAACCCAAAGAGACUUUGGGCUCAAGUCUGCUGGAGAACUGGAACAAAGGCGGCGAGGGUUUGGGUUACGAGGGCAUGGGACUGAGCAUCGGCUUGCGAGGAGCCAUCCGCUUGCCCUCCUUCAAGGUGAAAAGGAAGGACCCGCCAGAGGCCAUCGCCGCCGGGGAGAACAAACGAGCGCGGCCCUCCACUCCCGUGGAUGACGAGUUGGAGGAUGAAGAGCGCGAUCAAGAUACGGCGGAGCUCCCGUUGGACGACUCCAAAAUGGAUGGCGACGGCGUUCCGACAAAGCGGAGACACUCGCGCCCGCUUGACCUGGACAGCGAGGGCGAGGAGGAGGCGGACACGUCGGGCAAGGAGGAGUCGCUGGGCGACCGAGACGAGCGAGCUGACGAGACGGCGCCCGGUGACAGGCUGUCGCCAAGUCAAAGCGUCGACGAGGAAGCCAACAGAAACUCGUCCAGCGACAGCGUAUCGUCGGACUCCUCCGACGACGAGUCGGCGAGCUCGGCGUCGUCCCAGAGCAGCUCGGACGCCUCGUCGGCCAGCUCGGACUCCUCCGAGUACGAGCUCAGCUCGGAAGAAGAGGUCUCGGAGGUGGAGUUGGAAGACGACGACGCGGGCAAAGCCACCAAGACCUCCUCUUCGUCCUCUUCGUCCUCUUCGUCGUCAUCUUCGUCGGACGGAGAGGGAGAGACGGACUCCAAGGCGGCUAGUCCGCCUCCGGUCCUUAUCGGGGACGCCGCCACGGAAGAGCUGAGCAGCAAAGCUAAAUUUAGACCUCCAAGUCCUGAAGAGGCGGAGGAAGCGAAGCCACCGUCGCCCAAAGUCAAAGAGGAAGACGUCAGCGGCGAUGAAAGUGGCGCGGCCAGGUCGGAACCUCGGGAGAACCUCCGUCCGCCCACGCCGACGGGCGCCCUUCCGUCCGACAGCGACCAGGAGAGCAAAGUCAAAGGUAAAGCGGCGGUUGAGGGAGCGGCCGCCACGCCCGUGGGAGUAACCCCGUCCCACCUCCGUUCCAAAGCCCCCCCGCUGGCCGCUUCCCCCUCUUUAAUGUACCUCCCUCUCCCACCUCACCCCGCAGUAGAAGGUCGUUCCCUCCUCCACCCGCCCCCGGAGCUCCCCCAACGCGCUCGUCUGCCCACCACGGACGAGGACGUUCCCCGCACGCCCGGCCGAGACCUGAUGGAGCGAGCCCGCGGUCUGGGCAAGUCCCAGAGCACGGACACGGUGCCCAACACCCCAGGUAGCGACGCCCCGCUCACGGGGAGCAGCAGCCUAAUGCUGGGCUCCCCGCACAUUCCCGGUAGUCCUUUCUCCUACCCUGCUCAGUCUCCCGUCCUCAGCGCCGGAGUCCCUCGUACUCCGGGGCGAGACUUAACCUUCACCCCCGUCUUCCCUGACCCGGCCGCACUUAAUCGAAAGAUCUCCUCCGAGAGCCUGGACGAGCGUCCCGCGUUUAAGGAGCCGCCCGUCGGCGCCUUCGCUAACCGAGCCUCGUCAACAGGUACGGUCGCCCCCUCCGGAGACGCCGGGUCCGAGAUAGCGGACGGCGUCGUCCCGUCCAAGCGCAAACCGGGACGGCCCAAAGGGAAAAAGACCCCCCUGGCCUCGGAGUCUUCGGAGCUGUCGCCCGACGCGACUCCUUUGCGAGACGGCCCCGAAUCGGGGGUUCAGACGACGACGCUGCCGCCCGAAGACGGCUUCCUGUCCUACGAAGAGGAGGCCCCCGUGGCCACGAAGCCGGCGCGGCGGGCGCGGCGAGGCUGGGAGGAGCUUCUGCUGGACAGCCUGUCCCCCGUCACCACGCCGCCACACGCCUACUUCUCCAGACGCAGCGACUUUGAGGAGAUGACCAUCCUGUACGACAUCUGGAACGAAGGCAUCGACGAAGAGGACAUCCGGCUCCUGCAGGUCACCUACGACGAGAUGCUGCAGCAGGACAACGGCAACGACUGGCUCAACGACACGCUUUGGGUUAAUCAUCCGCAAACCAACAUCCCCCGAGUGAAGAAGAAGAGGCGAGAUGACGGCAUGAGGGAUCACAUGACCGGCUGUGCCCGAAGCGAAGGUUACUACAAGAUUGACAAGAAGGACAAGAUCAAGUAUCUGCAGAGCACGCGGCUGCAGUCGGAGGAGCCGCCCGUCGACACUCAGGGUAUGAGUAUUCCUGCGCAAGUCCACGCCUCCACCAGGGCGGGGUCGGAGCGGCGCUCCGAGCAGCGGCGCUUGUUGUCAUCGUUUGCUUGCGACAGCGACCUGCUGAAGUUCAACCAGCUAAAAUUCCGUAAGAAGAAGAUCCGAUUCUGCAAGUCGCACAUCCACGACUGGGGUCUGUUUGCUUUGGAGCCCAUUGCCGCCGACGAGAUGGUCAUCGAGUACGUGGGGCAAAACAUCAGACAGGUGAUUGCGGACAUGCGUGAGAAGCGUUACGAGGAGGAGGGCAUCGGCAGCAGCUACAUGUUCCGCGUGGACCACGACACCAUCAUCGACGCCACCAAGUGCGGCAACUUUGCGCGCUUCAUCAACCACAGCUGCAACCCCAACUGUUACGCCAAGGUGAUCACGGUGGAGUCGCAGAAGAAGAUCGUCAUCUACUCGCGGCAGCCCAUCAACGUCAACGAGGAGAUCACGUACGACUACAAGUUCCCCAUCGAGGACGAGAAGAUCCCUUGCUUGUGCGGCGCCGAGAACUGCCGGGGGACGCUCAACUGAGCCAAACUGCCAACGUUUACCAUUUACGGUGCUGUUCCAUCCAUUUGACUUGUUCACAAAAAGAGGCGAGAGGAUUUUUUCAACACCGAUCGACCUGAUGAACGAACGUUCACCAUCCUAACGGGGCUCCGAAUCUCCAUUCACACUUUGUCUUUUGAAAUCAAAAGAAAGGCCCUCAUUUGAGCAGAGUCGGUCGGGAUAGGAGCAAACAAAAGGCGGCCCAUUUCAAAAGAACGGACGGCCAUGGCGCGUGUGGUGUCGCUGGCAAAAGUUCACUUCAAGAUUCUGUACAUCAAUUAAGCAUUCAUUCGAGUCCCAUCGCUGUAUCGGCGAGCUUCUCUUCACGUGUUAUUCCGUCAGUGUUCUAACGGUUCUUGCGAUUGCAAAAGAAAAAGAAAAAAGUCAAAUGCACUUCCGCCUUGCCGGGCAGACGCGACUUGUCUCUCAUGGACUCGCUGUCACAAUACUGGAGACUUGCUUUCUGUUUGGAUUGUAAACUUGUACAGAAAAUCUGCAACUUUUUUUUAGAUGUCGUUGCAGGGUCUCACUUUUAAGAUGUUUUCUAGGACAAAAAAGACUGAAUAUUUAAAAA